UCUCGAAGAAACAAAAAUAAUUAUCGAUUCAACAGAGAUUUAGUUUACUAUUAAAUAUCACGUAUAUAAAAAAAAACUGCAGUUAAACCAAUAAAAACAAGAAUCUAGCUGAUAAAAAAAAAAUAAAUCUAAGAACGAUGCACCAAAAAGUAAAUUUCGAACACAAAUAUGAAAAUGAUGAUUACAAAUUUGAUGUACAAGUCUGGACUAUAUAAUCAACUGACACGGCCAAAAAUUAUCAUAUUUUCUGCGGUCUUCUACAUUCGAUCAACGAUGAGUUUGGGCUUGCUUCUAAUAUUUUUGAUAGGUGGAAACAUCGCAACUGAUCCGCUACAUCAUCGGUCCGACUAUUACACCCAUUCGCAUGAUCUUCAGAUAGAAGAUUUGAACAUUUAUCAUGUGCCACCUGAGGAUAUAAAUAUUCGGGAGGAUGAGCAUACUCCAUCCGAAAAACUUCUAUGGACGAAUGCGAACGUAUGGGUUGAAGCCUGGAUAGAGCACCAAUUGGAUCAUCAUACAUACUCAGUCAAAACCGAAUUCAUCAAUGAAAUCCCAGCUGGAAACGUAAUAGAAGGCUUCAGAGCAAAUACACAUAGGGGUUGGAACUUUGUGACAGAACAUUCAGUGUGGAUGAAUAUUAAUAUACGAUAUCCACCCAAUAUACGUUUUAAUAAGGUCGCUAUUCCAAUUUACGGUGAACGAAUUGAAGACACAUUGAAUUUGAGAAAGAUGGAACCAGUGGGACACUACCCAAAUCGUGAUUAGAGUCUAGAGAAAGUGUUUUGAUUAAUAGUAUUUUAACUCUUCAAAAAUUUCAAUUUGUGUUUACAACAAUUCGAUGUUCUAGUU